UUGGAGCAUCAUCCUAUGCACCAAAGGCGGCCGGUUCCAUUCUCCAUCAGGCACAUUCCUGAUGGAGACACCAAAGAAAAGAAAGAGAAGAAGCAGAAAGUGGAUGAAGAUGAGAUUCAAAAGAUGCAGAUCCUGGCUGCUUCUUUUUCUGAGGAGCAGCUGAACCGUUAUGAAAUGUACCACCAUUCAGCUUUCCCUAAGGCGGCCAUUAAAAGGCUGAUCCAGUCCAUCACUGGCACCUCCGUGUCUCAGAAUGUGGUUAUUGCUAUGUCGGGUAUUUCCAAGGUUUUCGUCGGGGAAGUGGUAGAAGAAGCACUGGAUGUGUGUGAGAAGUGGGGAGAAAUGCCACCACUACAACCCAAACAUAUGCGGGAGGCUGUUAGGAGGUUAAAGUCGAAGGGGCAAAUACCCAACUCGAAGCACAAAAAAAUCAUCUUCUUCUAAGUCUGAAGCCGAGAAAGGCCUGGCGCUGGAGGACGUGC